AUGUCCGCUGUUACAACAGGUGUUUCCGUGGAUUCGACCAGAGUGUCGAAAACCAAGAACCUGGGAACUCUCACCGAGAACCCAGAUGUCAAAACUGCUAUCAACACCAACGGAGACGUGUUCACCGCUCCGGACUACAGUUUCAAGCAGAUCCUGGACGCUAUUCCAAAGCACUGCUUUGAAAGAUCCCUUCCUUGGUCUCUGCACUACGUGUUCAGAGAUAUCGCCGCCAUGUUUGUUAUUGGAUACGUUGGAACCACCUAUAUUCCUUACGUGGAAUCUAAAUUUUUGAGAUUUGUCCUUUACAACGUCCAAUCUUUCUGUAUCAGUUUGUUCGGGUUCGGUCUUUGGAUUUUGGCUCACGAGUGUGGCCACGGUGCUUUCAGUAAGUAUCAAAAUGUGAACGAUUUUGUUGGCUGGGUGCUCCACUCCUACGUCGGUGUUCCUUACUUCUCGUGGAAGUACUCCCACGCCAAACACCACCAACAAACUGGUAACAUGCAGAAGGAUACCGUUUUUAUUCCAUGGAAAAAAGAGGAACUGUUGAAGAAUUCUGAGCAUGACGAUAUCUACGAAAUCAUUCACGAUACACCUAUUUAUGCCGUGGUGAAGUUGAUCGGCCAACAAAUUGGCGGCCUUCAACUUUACCUCUCAACAAAUGCUACCGGUCAACCAUACCCUGGUUGGUCCAAGAUUGGCAAGAGUCACUUCAAUCCAUCCUCUCCAUUGUUCACUAACGAGCAAUAUUGGUACAUUCUCAUCUCUGAUCUCGGGCUCGGGCUCGUGGUCUUGGGAGUGUACUUCUGGUACAAGCAGCUUGGUGGGCUUAACAUGGUGGUCAACUGGUUUGUGCCUUACCUGUGGAUCAAUCACUGGCUUGUUUUCGUGACUUUCUUACAACACACCGACCCUACCUUGCCUCACUACGAUGACUCGGAAUGGUCUUUUGCCAAGGGAGCUGCUGCCACCAUCGAUAGAGACUUUGGUUUUAUCGGUCGUCACAUCUUCCACGGUAUUAUCGACACCCACGUGUUGCACCACUACGUUUCCCGCAUUCCAUUCUACAACGCUGAGGAAGCUACCGAUGCCAUCAAGAAGGUUAUGGGUCAACACUACAGAUCCACCGACGAGAACAUGUGGAAGUCGUUGUGGAAAUGUUUGAGAUCCUGUCAAUUUGUUGAUGGAAACAACGGUAUUUAUAUGUAUAGAAACACCAACGGUAUUGGUGUUGCCCCAUAG